AAAUUAAGACAAGUAGACGGUGGACAGCCCAAUUAGCCAGAGCCCAGAACAGGAGGGGCGAAUAGCACACUCCAUCCUCGCCGGCGGAGACGAGCCGCGCCCGUCCGUAAAUCGGAGCUCCGGCGUGGCUAGCAGCUGGUCUUCCUUCGAUUCGGCGUCCUCAACACCUCACGCGCGACCAACCGCAGGUCUAGCGCGAGCUCGCAGUUCACACGGCUACAACGUCGAUUCUGUGGGCGCCUCGUCUCCGAUCGAUUGACGGCGGGACCGAGCGUCCAUGGAUUCGGCAGGGCCCAGGAGGGUCUCCCUCAAAGCCCGCCGCCCCGACUGGAAAUCGGAGCUUAGAACAAAUUGCCUCAGAAGAGUUAGAAAGGACAGAACUGACUUGCUUUGGAAGAUCAGGGAGCAGGGGCAGCUGCCAGCCAAUGACAUGGAAAAGGUUGAAUCUGCUGUCAGGAACAUCAUCUCUGAUGAAAUAGAGAAACUCAAACAGUCCAAUGAAGGAAAAGAGGACCAAGAAAUGGAUGUCAUAUGGGAAUAUCAAGGACCGCAGGCUGCUGAGCCUGCUGAAGUUGAAAGUGAAGAUAUAUUGCUUGAAAUGGAAAGACUUCUUUAUGAAGAUAUUAGAGAAGAACAAAUCAGAAAACAACUAGAGGCACUUGAUGAGGAAGAUGCAUAUUUAGCUCAAACUGUUUUUGAUCACAUGCAACUAAAUGACAAUGAGGCUGCUGAAACUGCUAAGCUCUGGUGUCCAGUAUGCAAGCGAGGAGAUCUACGAGAAGCACAUAAUCUCAUAUAUUGCACUCUCUGUAAAUUACGACUUGACCUAGGAGAAGAUAAGGUAAUGAUGCUGGAGUUCUUACGAGAACGGUUGGCCAAUGCGCAUACGGAUCACUUCGACAGAGGAUGCAAAUCAGCACCCAAGUUCUGUUUGCAGACUAUGUUUGGCUUGACUGCACUCUACAUACAGUGUGAAGAAUGCAGCACAUUUGAUAUUGUGGUAUAAUGCUUCAACAGAGGAAAGGAAAGAAUAUUACAAAACCUACCUGAAGUUGUUCCAUCGUUUCAUGUUAGAUUAGCUGGUUAAGUUAUGAGAAGAUGGGCUGUACAUCAGAAAGGUGGCACAAACUCAGCACCCAGAACACGUUCAUCCAUGCAAGCUUCGAGUGAAAACAAUCGACAUACAUACAUAUGAAAUUUUCAUGUAUGUCUAACUUAAAUGUUGCUGGUUGUACGGUGGGUAGUAUAUAUGCACUUGACCAUGGUCAACAUCUUGUUGCCAGUUUACUUAACGUUGAAACUGCGACUACAUUGAACAGUAUUAACAGAGAUGUUCAUUUAUCUGAUGAUGCUGUGAACUCAGUGUCGAGGUUUAUGUC